AUGUCGUACAACCACCACCUUCCCACAAAGGUGGAGUUCAAGCCCAAGCGCAAGCAUGGCAUGUACGCCGUCAUCUUCUUUCUCGGCUGGCUCCUGCCGCCUCUGGCCGUCGCAGCGCGUUUCGGCAUUGGCAAGGACUUUUUCAUCAACGUCAUUCUGACGGCCUGUGGCUACUUCCCAGGCCACGGUCAUAACUUCUAUGUCCAGAACAUCCGUAACAACGCGACCAAGGCACGCACGCCAAAGUGGGCUAUUCGCUACGGCCUCGUGGACACUUCGGACAUUGACCGCCGCGCAAAGAAGUCGCAGUGGGCGAAGCGCUACGACGAGCGUCUGCCCGAGUCGACGCUCGUGGGCCAGCAGCUCGCCGACGGCGAGGAGGGCCCCGACUACACCCCGCACGACGAGCGCAACGACGAGCGCCUGCGCAACGAGGGCCUGUGGACGCGCGACGACGACGUCGAGUACUACAACGAGGACGAGGCGCCCAACCAGCGCAAGUGGCACUACCCGGCCAACUUUGAGGGCACCGUCGGCGACGGCCGCUCCAAGCGCCGCCAAAAGGACACGGGCGGUGACCGCUGGGAGCGGACCCGCCAGGCGCGCUCGAGCGUGGACUCGGGCUCGGCCGGCGCCGGCGCGGGCUCCGGGUCCUACGGCACCUACCCGCCGCGCGCGGCCACCGACGACGACGUGCCCGAGUGGGGCCGCGACUACGGCAGCAAGGGCCGCCGGAGCAGCAAGAGCAACAAGAAGGGCAACGCGUCGACGGCGUACAACAACAACAACAGCAGCAGCCACAACAACGGCAGCGCCUACACCGACGACUCGAGCAGCUACAGCGGCAACAAUAACCAGGCCGCCGCGGCCAAGAAGCCGUCCAGCCCGGACGACGUCUUCAGCCACGAGUUCUAA